AUGGCAACUACCAUGAACUUAGUCUGCGUUGUUUUCCUUUGCAGUCUCAUUGUAGGAGGCAACUGUCAACCUUGCACUGAACAAAAUCUUAAAAUUACACAGUCAAAAACCGGGAAAAUGGUGCAAAAUAAGCCAGAGUGGAAUGUGAAAAUCACGAAUGAUUGCCCAUGUUCUCAACUGGAUGUUAAGCUAAGCUGCGAUGCAUUUCAAACUGUGGAAGACAUUGACUCUUCAAUCUUGAGCAAAUCUGGCAGCGAGUGUCUAGUAAAUAAUGGUCAACCUAUCUAUCCUAAUACGGAUUUCAAUUUCAACUAUGCUUGGGACAAUUCGUUUUCUUUCAAGCCAGUCCACUCCCAAGUUGGUUGUUCUUGA